AUGGAUGAACAAGCAUUUGGUCCGGUGGAGGAGACCCGACUUGAGGAUUUUGGUGACCCUUCGGCUCGGGUCGGUCCGACCGUGUCCUCGCUUCACGACUCGACCGCGUCCUCGCUUCACGAUCCGACCACGUCCUCACCGGAGAAGCCGAGACCUUUGGCUUGGGUCGGUCCGACCGCGUCCUCGCUUCACGAUCCGACCACAUUCUCGCAGCGUGCUUCGUAG